AUGAGGGAACAUUGGGAUGCAGUACUGGUUGUUAGAGUUCGAGAAGAUUAUGUGCUUUCUCAGGAAGCCUACAUUCUAUUCUAUGCAAAGCGGGGCACACCCUGGCUUUCAAGUUUGAUGGAAACAGAUAAGUCAUCUGUAGAUCCAACCGUAUCAAACAAUUCCCCCAAGUCAGUUUUAGAUAACGUGGAUCACAUUUCUACAUCAUCCCCUCACGUGGCAAAUAAUUGUAGUUGUGAAAUCAACAAAGCCAGAGAGGAUGUGGUUGGAAUUUCUGUGGAGCCUUCUAAUGGAUUUAGACAUGAUGGGGUUGAAGGUAAUGAGUCUCAAAGGUUAUCUACUCCAGUGCCACCGGAGAUAAGUGAUUCUACCAGCGGAGCUUCAUGUGAAGUUGAGAAAAAGUUAUCUCCAUCUGUUCUUACAGAAAAUAGUUGCAAUCAAGAGUUUGAUGAAGUUAAGAACGGGAUGCAGCAGGAGAAGAAGAAGCACGCAAUGGCAGCAAAGAUAUGUGCGGUGGUGGUGCCGGUUGCAUUGCCAUGCACGCAUGUUGCCUGCAAUGCAGAGUGUCUGAAGGAGCAUCGUAAGCAAGGCAUAGAGCCUCACUUUUGGAAUGUUAAUGAUUAUGCAGUGGUUAAUGCUCUGUUCUCAGGAGGUGUUUAUCUGGUUUCUGAGAGUGUGAAGACAAAGCAGGCACAGAGCUUUCUACUAUCUGAGAAGCAGGAGUUAGCAAAGCAAUUCCAGCGGGUUAACACAACACUAGAAUCUCUGAAGUUGAGGAUUGCUGACAGCGAAGAGCAGAUGAAAGUUUGAAUCGAUGAAACUCUAAAAUCUACUCAAGAAGAUAGACACCUUGCAGUCAACCUGGAAAUUGCGAAGUGGGAAUUGGCAGAUGCUGAGAAGGAAUUGAAGUGGCUGAAAUCCGCUGUUUCUUCUUCUGAGAAAGAAUGUGAGCAGAUACAGAGAAAGAUGGAUGAAAUCCAAAUGGAACUGGACCGUGAAAGGAGCGAGAGGAAGAAGCUUGAUGAAGAGCCCAUGGAAUUAAACAUGAAGGUUGCCAAGAUGAGUUCUGAAAAUGGUGAGGCUGCAAAACAGAAACUCCAGGAUGAAAUCAAGGAUUGCAAGGCUAUUCUCAAGUGUGGUGUGUGUUUUGAUCGGCCAAAGGAGGUUGUAAUAGUUAAGUGCUAUCAUCUAUUUUGUAAUCCCUGCAUUCAAAGAAAUCUAGAGAUCCGCCAUCGAAAGUGUCCUGGCUGUGGAACUGCAUUUGGGCAAAGCGAUCAGAGAGGGGCAAAUAUCUGUAUAGUUUCCAUUAGCUUUGGGGUUAUAUAGCUAGUGAAUGCAUCUAAUGGUGGGAGCCUGGAGCCCAAAUCCUUUGAAGUUGUCUGUUUCUUUGCUGUCUUCCGGGGUCAUGGCGUUCCAUGUGCACUAGGAAAAA